CACUCAUCCAUACGCACAUCCACCCACACACACACACAUUCAUCCCACUUUUGCAGUCAAAAUAUAAAUUUAUUUCUUAGGAUUUAUUCACGAACGAGCCAGCCACCCUUCUGUAUCACAACAACUGUACAAUAAAUUCGAUUCUCGACUUCUCUUCUUAAGAUUUUGUUGGCAUAUACAUUUAUUUCCUGUUACAAGAAGCAAUACAUACAUUGACAGCGUUCUUUCCAUCUACCCGUUGUGAAGGAUUCUCGACAUCAAACCAAUCGACUUUGAGACCACCAAAUCAAAAGCACCCAAUAUUCGUACAAUGUCUUCUCCAGAACCAAGAGUCGUAAAGCGACCAAGAACUCAAUCAGAACCCCCUCCAAGUCUUCCUCAAGUCAUCGCAGAACAGCAUGUUCCUAUACCUUCAACCGAUAAAGAUUCGCAAAGAUUGAUUGUCGUUCUCUCCAAUGCCAGUCUCGAAACUUAUAAACAAUCUUCGGGUGGUGGAAGACCUGGCGCCCGUCCCGCAGAGGAAAAAUACUCUCUUCUCAACAGUGAUGAGCACAUUGGUAUUAUGCGCAAGAUGAAUCGAGACAUCAGUGAUGCCCGACCUGAUAUUACACAUCAGUGUCUUCUCACCCUCCUCGACUCGCCGAUCAACAAAGCCGGCCGACUUCAAAUCUACAUUCAUACCGCCAAGGGAGUUCUCAUUGAGGUCAGCCCAACGGUCCGAAUUCCACGUACCUUUAAGCGUUUUGCCGGUCUGAUGGUUCAACUCUUACAUCGCCUCUCUAUCCGAUCUGUCAACUCUCAAGAAAAACUCCUCAAGGUUAUUACGAACCCGAUCACCGACCACCUACCUCCCAAUUGCCGAAAAGUCACAUUGAGUUUCGAAUCACAAUUGGUCCGUGUUCGGGAUUAUGUGGAGACAUUGGACCCGAAGGAGAGCAUUUGUGUAUUUGUUGGUGCCAUGGCAAAGGGAACAGAUAACUUUGCAGAUGAUCUAGUGGAUGAGAAGAUCUCCAUUAGUAAUUACAGUCUUUCUGCAAGUGUGGCAUGCAGCAAAUUCUGCCACGCUGCGGAGGAUGCAUGGGAUAUUAUUUAGACUAUUCCGCUGUUUUUCUCAUCCCACAAAAAGUACCGGCGAACACAUUCGACAGUAUACGAAUGGAGGAACGGAGCACAAAAGACCACAGGGUUGUGAAUGGUAUGAGAUGAUGGGCAUUGGAGGUUUGGUCGAUAUGAAAAGGUGAAAGCGGGACCAUUGAGCAGAUUCAACGAUAACAACAUCGUUCGAUAUGCUUGUGGUCGCCGGGCUUGGGUAUCUGUGUGCUCUGUCUCUGUUUUUACAACCAAAACAUAAGGCGUUCAACAUUAGAUCCAAGACGCUUUAGUCGUCUUCGUGGAAUACUUCAACUUGAUCCACAUCUCUUUUGUCUUUUCUAGUAUCAAUUUGCAUCCACUUUAGAGCUUAGUAGCUACUGCACGCCGGAUGACGAUAAGUAUUUCCCCUUUUCAGCAUACAUACCUUUGGCGUAUAAUUUUGCAUUCAGUUUCCUCCCUCGAGCUAGCUGAACUGCAAGCAGUCAAAUUAGCAUGGGAAAUUGGUUCAUGCUGCUAGGUGGCAGACACUACCGCGAGUCAUUCGGUGACAGCGGAUAGCUUCAUGUACAAAAAUACUAUACUGGUCAAUGAAAGGGAAAUUCUCCAAAAUUUGAACAAAUCACAAUGCGUGAAGUUAAUCC